CUGUCGCAGGCCUCGACUGUCGUCGGUCUCGACUGUCGCGCCCCCGGAUCGACGAAUAUCUUCAGACCACGUAAUCAGAGGCCAUGAUCAGAUUAAUACGUGUGUUUUUCGAUAUGUUCUCGUGAACAGUUACACAGUUGUAGUUUUGGAUACGAUGGAUCAUCUUGUGUUUUCCAAGUUUGUGUUGUGGACAGUCAGUGUUCUUCUGAUCUUAUUAAUUGAGAAAGGGGAUUCCAAAACACUUACGAUGUCAUCUACUGGCAAUGAUUACAUACUGAAAAUAAAUUGGGAUAUUCCUGGAGGUAGAGCCGACUCUGUCAUACCCCUUACAGCAGGAGUACCAAAACAGAAAAAUAAUAUAAUUUGCACCCAAUUUUCGCAAGGGCAGGAAGCAGAAAAGGAUAGAGGUUACAUGGAAGCUGAUGAGGGAGCAGAGUCAAGUAAUGAAAGAGAGAAAAGAGUUAGAAUACAGAGCCGGAGAAACCAGUUUACGCAUGUGCUAACAACUAUUAUGCAGAGUCAUCCAAAAUUAUCAAUAAUUGUCAUGGAUAAGGAAAAAAAACGUGUGAAAAACGUGAAAGUGAAAGUAGUGAUUUCUACUUGCAUUGUUCAUGAGGAAGCAUUCGCAUUCCAUGAGAUAAGAAGAAUAUUCACAGUAGAUGGUGAAGUGAAGACUGUUGAAUACGAUGAUGUUAAAAUCAAAGAUGUGGUGAACAUAGAACCUGUUACUUCCCAGUCUGGACGGAAAUCAAUGAAAAUUACUGCAAGAACCUACAGUAAAUAUCAAGAUUGGUCGAACGCUUAUAUUUAUGAUGGACCUCUGCUGAAUGCAAGAAUUGUUCCAAAGGAAAGCACCACAAGCAGAUCGACAUCAAUUGGCUUUCUCAUCAAAACGUGCUUCACAGGGAAUGGAGGAGAGGAAACUGGCAAUAAGGCAGCAGAAGAGAGAGCAAGCAAUAAUAAGGGUGGGAAAGAAGGAGACGGUGGUUCGGGAGAAGAAGGAGAAGGAGGAGAAGUUGAAGAAGAAGAAGAAGAAGACAUCACGUUGGAUUUCAAAAUCCUUAAUAAAUAAUUGAAUAAUUAUUAUUUUAAUUAUCAUUAUCAUUUUCUAUUAUUAUUGAUUAUGUAUAUUAGACGUAUGUGAUAAAUGUAAGCUAUUACUAUUUUAUGAUUACUCUAAUUUGUAAACUGUCAUAAUGUCAAGUGAGAAAAAUUUGAAUUUCACUUUUUUCUUCUUUAAGCCUUUGGUGUUGCAGUUUUCUUAUCUUUCAAUUGAAAAUUCAAGAAACAAUUCUCAUGAAACUUUCAGAAUAAGGUGUGGGCUUAAGCAACUAUUUGCUGAAUUUCAACUUUAAUAAUAAUAAUAAUAAUUUUUCUGGAUGUCGGACGACACAUCCAGAGGAGUUUAUUCAUAAAUUCAUACAUACAUAACAUUAUAUUACAUAUUUUUUAAUAUAACAAUAUUCAGGGUUUAGAAAAUGAUACCUCACUAUAUAAUAUAUGUGUCGAGGUUAUCAUCAAAUGAAUACUAAUUUAUGCUACAACAGAUAAUACAAAAAUUCCAAAAAAUCUAAAACUAUAUCUAUCAUCCUAAGCAUCACCUAGUACGAAGAUACUAAACCGAGGUACUAUUUUCUACCUAUAAAUUACCUUACCUUAAAAGAAUACUACUUAAAUCUAAAUCCUUCUUACUAUUAGUUCCUCACUACUUUGUAUCCCAAUACUGAAUAACUAAUAUCUAAUUUUUCUUUUGAAGCUAUUGAAAAUUUCCUCUCCUUUGAUUUCUAAUGGUAUAAGAUAUUGUAGGCCCUAAAUAUCCUAGUGAUCUUUGCCCAAAUGCUGUAUUCAUCAUUGGUACUUCUUGGUUGUAACGUUCUCUUAUUCUAGUAUUAUGGCUAUGAUUUAUGAUAUGGUUCCUUUUUUUAUGUUUUUUCAUAUACCCUAAUAACAACAAUAUAUACAAUUGCCUAACGCUGAGUACUCUAUUUUCUAUAAAUAAUUCUACAGUUGGAAACCGGAUUUCCCUGUUUCCCAUUAUUUUCAAAAUGCGUUUUUGGGUUUUAAAAAAUGGAUCUAUAAAACUGAAGUUAGCUGCACCCCAAACUAACAGACCGUACCUUAAAAGAGAUUCAACUAAUGUUAAGUAUACAGUUUUUAACAUUUCUUUGUCUAUGAUACGCCUUAAUUGAUAGCAUUUGUAUAUAAGCUUCCUCAUUUUGGCAGUUGUAUGUGCUUGUUCCAUUUCAAUAAAUCAUCUACUAUUAUUCCUAAAUACUUUAUAUUGUCAGAGCGUUCUAUUAGUGGGCAAUUACAAUUAUUGUUACUAUUUCUAUCACAAUUAUGAAGCUUCAUUGUUGUCAUGUGUGGUUUUGUGCUAUUUGUUUAAGAAAAAGCUAAAAAUUUUGUUUUUUCUGAAUUUAAUGACAAUAAAUUAUUUCUUAACCAACUAGUGAUUUUUGUUAAUUCUAUCGCUGCUGUUUGGAACACUUCUUCCCAGUUUUUUCCUUGAAAAAGGAGUGCUGUAUCGUCAGCAAAGGCUAUAACUCUACCUUGAAUUUGAAUGGAGCACAACUCAUUUGCAAAGAUCGAAUACAAAAUUGGUCCUAAAACUGUUCCUUGAGGUAUUCCAAACUUCAUGGAACCCUCUGCACUCAUAUGGUUCUCAACCUUUGUUUUUUGCUGUCGAUUGCUGAGGUAGGAUCUGAACCAUUCAAGUGGCACUCCUCUUAUACCUAUUGCCUCAAGCUUUUUUAUUAAUAAGUCAUGGGAAACAGAGUCGAAGGCCUUUGCUAAAUCUAAAAAUACUGCUAGACAUUUAUUC